AAGUGGGGCAGCAAAGAUGGGAACACCAAACAACCCCAAACCUAUGGCCAUUGUAGAAUCCACCCUCCGGGGCAGGUUUCUCGGAGCGGUAUAUGCAAGUUUAACCCAAGUUAACUCCCUCCCCUACCCUUACCCUUACCUGCUUUAACAGUUCUCUCUAUUUCACACUCUCUAACGGCAUCUUCUCCUUCAUCCCCUCCCUCCUUUCCCCCUCGAUUUCUGUGGAGAUUUUCUGGUUACGCUUUUCUUAGUUCCUUCCAUUCUCUUCCUCCACCUAUCCCCUUCUCUCCCGAUUCCUCAAGAUCCGGUCAUUUCUUCCGGAUCCCCCAUUUCUUUUUGUUUUAGCAACCCUUUCCCUUUUGAAGAUUGCUUUCUAGUUUCUCCCCGAGACCAAUAACCCGCAAGGGUACCUCAAAAUGGUGGUCAAGAUGAUGAAGUGGAGGCCUUGGCCUCCUCUUGUUUCCAGGAAGUAUGAGGUCACGUUGAUUGUCAGGAGGUUGGAGGGUUGCGAUCUGCUGCGGCACUCUUUGGAGAAAGGGUCUGAUGGACUUCGCAAAUUGACGGUUGAGAUUAGGUGGAAAGGUCCCAAAUUGACCCUCAGCUCCUUGCGCCGGACUGCCGUCGUUAGGAACUUCACGAGGGAGGUGGGCGUCGACGUUGUCGCCCCCGACGCCGUCGUCGUUUGGGACGAGGAGUUUCGUAGCUUAUGCAAUCUAUCGGCAUAUAAAGACAAUGUGUUUCAUCCCUGGGAGAUCGCUUUCACCGUUUUUAAUGGAUUGAAUCAAAAGCCAAAGAGCAAGGUUCCUGUCAUUGGAACCGCAUUAUUGAAUGUUGCUGAGUUUGCAUCUGUAGCUGAUCAAAAGGAUUUUGAUUUGAACAUCCCUCUCACACCCCCAGGAGGUUCUGCCGAAUCUUCUCCUUCACUUUGUAUAUCAAUUAGCUUGGUAGAGCGAAGAGCUGCUCAAGAAAACACAGAGAUGGUUCAAAGAUCCAUAGUGCCAGUAACAUCACCAACCCAGUCAGGAGAAACUACAUUGGCAGAAAAAGAUGACCUUUCUGCAAUCAAAGCUGGACUCAGGAAAGUAAAGAUUUUGACAGAAUAUGUAUCUAUUAGGAAACCAAAAAAGGCAUACCGUGAGGAUGAGGGCAGUGAAGGCAGGUGCUCUGUGCGUAGUGAUGAUGGCGAGUACAAUUAUCCUUUUGACUCUGACUCUCUUGAUGAUUUUGAGGAAGGAGAGUCAGAUGAGGGAAAAGAUGGCUCCAGUGUCAGGAAGUCAUUCAGUUAUGGAAAGCUGGCCUAUGCAAAUGCUGAAGGAUUAUUUUAUUCAAGCCUGAGGGUAAAUGGUGAUGAUGAGGAUUGGGUUUACUACAGCAAUCGCAAAUCAGAUGUUGGGUGUUCGCAGAUGGAGGAUUUAACUGUGCCAGCCAUGGAACCUUCUUUAUUACAAAGUUCAAAGCGCAGCAUACUUCCUUGGAGGAAAAGGAAGUUGAGUUUCAGGUCUCCUAAAGCAAAGGGAGAACCCUUGUUAAAGAAGGCUUAUGGAGAAGAAGGUGGUGAUGACAUAGAUUUUGAUCGUAGGCAACUUAGCUCUGAUGAAUCACUUUCUCUUGGGUGGUACAAGACUGAAGAUGACUCAUGUGCAAACCGGUCAUCAGUAUCUGAGUUUGGGGAUGACAACUUUACUAUUGGAAGUUGGGAGCAAAAAGAAGUGAUAAGCCGAGAUGGUCUUAUGAAGCUUCAGACCCAGGUCUUUUUUGCCUCAAUUGAUCAGCGUAGUGAACGGGCUGCUGGUGAGAGUGCAUGUACAGCUCUUGUUGCUGUAAUUGCAGAUUGGUUUCAAAACAAUCAUGAACUCAUGCCUAUAAAAUCCCAAUUUGAUAGCCUAAUUCGUGAAGGCUCAUUAGAAUGGAGGAAUCUGUGUGAAAAUGAGACCUACAGGGAGCACUUCCCUGACAAGCACUUUGAUCUUGAAACAGUUAUUCAAGCUAGAAUUCGUCCACUUUCUGUGGUUCCUGAAAAGUCCUUUAUUGGUUUCUUCCACCCUGAAGGAGUAGAUGAGGAUAGAUUUGACUUUCUUCAUGGUGCCAUGUCUUUUGAUAACAUUUGGGAUGAGAUUUGUCGAGCUGGACUGGAGUGCCCUAACAAUGGUGAGCCCCGUGUUUACAUUGUUAGCUGGAACGACCAUUUUUUCAUCCUCAAAGUUGAAGCAGAUGCUUAUUACAUAAUUGACACAUUGGGGGAGAGGCUUUAUGAAGGAUGCAACCAGGCAUAUAUUCUGAAAUUUGACAGCAGCACUGUAAUAUACAAAAUAGAAGAUGCUGCCCAGACAUCUGAAGAGAAACCCGGCAGUGAACGGCAAACUGUUGCGGCAGUAUUAGAGCGGGAUAAUGAACAGGUGCAGCAAGUUAAUGGACAAGAGGUGGUUCCUGUGGUGGAGGCUGAAAAGAAGUUGAAGAACAAGGAUGAAGAGGAGGUUGUGUGCAGAGGGAAAGAAGCUUGCAAAGAGUAUGUCAAAAGUUUUUUGGCUGCAAUCCCUAUCAGGGAAUUGCAAACAGAUGUGAAGAAAGGUUUAGCAACAUCAGCACCGCUUCAUCAUAGACUGCAAAUCGAGUUUAACUACACGCAGCUGUUAAAGUCGAAUUUUGUGACUCCUGUGGCCGAAGAAGCAACAGACUCUUUGCUGUCACAGUAAGCGAGGUUUCUAGAUAAGCUUCUCACUGUUGACUCCAAGUGUGAAUGUGUGAUUGUUCUAACAUGUUCUGAAUAAUAUGGGUGUUCCCUGAUGUGAGUUGAAAUUAACAAAGGGAAACCCCGUUUGAGCUUUUUGGUGGUAUAGGCUUGGCCCUUGCCCGUGAUUUGCCCUAAUGUUUUCCUGGUAAGUAUGAAAUGUAAAUGACUCUCUAAUUUGCUUUUCAAGUGAGCUCAAACUUUUUGGCAUCUAACAAGUAAUGGAAAGAUGCUACUCGUGAGUAGCUUCAAGCUUUUAGCUUUUUGUAUCCUCUUAA